AUGGAGUCAUCCGUUCCCAAUAACUCUUCCUUUGGGAACCAUGGGGAUGGCGCUCAGACUUUGCACACGGGACAAGGCUCGCAGGCCAUCGUCCAAAAUGGCCAUCAGUACAACAUUGAGAACCUGAUACAAAACUUUCACCAGCCCGAAAUGGCCGAACUCCUGAUGAAAGUGUGGAAAAAGGAUAACGAAGGCGGGCUACAGGAUGGAAACAGUAGCUCUGUUCUAUCACUAGUAGAUGAUCUCCUUGAGUGGCUCGAACCUCAGCCGAAGUUUGGGUAUAUUGAGAGGCAACGUCUACUAUUUGCACAAAGAACGCCGGGCACUGGCCAGUGGCUAUUAGAGGCUACUGAGUUUCUAGAAUGGAAAAGAACAGCCAAUGGGUUUCUGUGGCUUGAUGGUAUAAUCGGAGCUGGAAAGAGUACUUUGAUGUCGGUUGUCAUUGAUGAUUUGCAGAAGAUGGCGUCCAAUAAGCAGGCAAAUGUCUGUCUUAUAUACAUCUAUUUUCAGGAAGAGAGUGAUAUCAAUCCCACCAUGGAGUCUCUCCUCGCAAAUCUACUACGUCAGCUACUACAGCAAAACAGGCCACGAUUCAACGUUUCCCAGAGUCUUCAGCAAGCCUACGAAGAAUGUCAAUCCCAUGGAAUCUUGCCAAGUUCGGACGAAUUACUCAACCUCCUUGUUAUCGAAUCCGAGGCCUAUUCGAAGGUGUAUCUGAUCAUUGACGCCUUAGAUGCAUGUACCAAUACCUCCGAUUACAUGAUACAGGACAAGUUCGUCCGUUCCAUCCGCAAACUACCCGAAAAUUGGAAUAUAAUGGCAAGUUCCCGAUUGGGGACAUUGCUUGGAAGCAGAAUAGAAUCAGAUUUGGCGUUCCAUAUCGAGGCUCAAGCAUGUGAUAUCAAGCUUUACGUCGAGAUGCGCAUACGAGAAAGCAAUGCCAUGACGCGUUUUACCGAGGAAGCUAUCAGGACUGACUCUUCUUUUCGGGAAACUAUCUGCGAUACUGUGAUUCAAAAGGCUCAAGGAAUAUUUUUACUUGCAAAGUUGCACUUGGACACACUUGAAGUCCAAGGCACACUAGGUCAUUUCAGGGAAAUGCUGAGAAAACUUCCUGAAGAUCUCACAGAAACAUUUGAAGCAGCCUUGUUGCGCAUUGACAAACAGACUGAUUUUGAGAGGAAAGUAGCCAAGCACGUGCUAUCAUGGCUGCUAUUUUCCAUGCGACCUCCGACGGUUGAAGAGGUGAGAUACGCAUACGCAGUCGAUUGGAGAACAAGAUCCUUCGAUUCCGAGAAGAUUUUAGGGGAGAAUCAUCUGACUUCAUAUUGUGCUGGCCUCGUCGUGGUCGACCAGGAUCGGCGCAUUCUACGACCUGUGCAUGACACGAUCUUGGGAUACCUGCGAAAUUGGAACUCUAUGCCUGACGAUCUCAACUCGCACAUGGCGCUUCAGUGCAUGACGUACAUCUCUAUGAAAGACUUCUCACAGGAGCCGUCGUCGAAGACCGAACACCAAGAAAUCGUACUUGAAUAUCCCUUGAUGAAAUACGCCACAGAUCAUUGGUUCAACCACGUGCGUCGAGUAGAGAAGGGGGAUGACCUGGAGAAAGACUUGGAAACGCGUAUUCCGGAGUUCCUCAAGGAUGCAAGAACACUACCCGCAUCUAUCGGUCUGGGUCGAUAUCGACCAAUUACCGGAUUGCACACUUGCGCAUACUUCGGCACAGAGCACUGGGCAAAAUCAUUGAUUGCCACCGGGGUAGAAGUGGACCUUGCCGGAGAAGACGGACGAUCACCUCUGCAUUGGGCCGUGUUUUACAAUCACCCAAGCAUUGUCAGUGUGCUCGUCCACCAUCGAGCAGAUGCAAAUAUCAAAGACAAGAAGGGAAGCACGCCUCUACAUCUUGCUGUACAGGGCGAUAAUGGACCCGUCGUGUCGCAGCUUAUCAAAGCCGGGGCUAGGCUAAGUUGCCGAGAUAAUCAAGGGCGAACGCCUUUAAUAUGUGCAAUAAGACUUGGUUUCACAAGCAUCGCAAAACUACUUCUCGGGCGUACCGAUGAUAUCGACGAGGUGGAUGCCGAUGGGUUUACACCAUUCAGAGAGGCAGUGACGUACUCUACCCUAGAUAUUGUCCAGGUCCUAUUGGAGAGUGGAUGCGACGUAAACCAACGGUCGAAAGACGGGUGGACAGCAUUGCGACAUGCAUCUCAAUAUGGGAAUGAACAGCUAGCUCUGCUGUUACUCAGAAAGGGUGCCGAAGUUGAUCUAAGAGACGAAAAAGGAGGGUUGACUCCUUUGAGAUGGGCAAUCUUACAUGGCCAUGCUUUAAUGGUAAAAUUGCUCUUGGACUGGGGAGCGGACCCCAAUGUUACUCAUAAAGACGGCCUGACUCCGUUGAUCCAAGCAGCCAAAGGUGGAAACGAGUCGGCAACGUGGUUGUUAGUGAGCCACAGAGUUAAGGGUAAGAAAGUGGAGCUGGACGACACGGAUCACAGCGGAUCCACGCCCUUACAUUAUGCUGUGAAGAAUGGAUAUGCAUCCAUAAUGUGGCUUCUGGUCAUUGCAGGGGCCGACCUUGAUAUAAUGGACGAUGAAGGCAGAACUGCACUGCACUUGGCGAUCCAAAACGGCGAUUCUCCUACUGUCUGGUUGCUUAUCGAGAAGGGUGCAGCAUUGUCAGUGGCCGACAUUAACGGCAUACAGCCCUUACAUCUUGCAGCUCGACUAGGGCAAGCCCCGAUUUUGCAGCUAUUGGCAAAAAAGGGCGUUGACUUGAAUCAGCAGGACAAAAAAGGGCUGACAGCUCUGCACCACGCAGCCAACGCAGGGAAAGAAGAAUGUGUCCUGAUACUAAUAGACUCUGAUGCAAAUUCGAACAUAGCAGACACCGAGGGGCUUACAUGUCUCCAUCAUGCUGUUCUCGGCAAGGAGAUUGAGACGAUAAUGAAACUGGGCUCACUGAAGCCUUCGAUACUUGACUGUCAGGAUAAGGGUGGCCGGACAGCCUUGAUGUAUGCUGCUCAGCGAGGCAACGAUCUGGCUGCUCUUGGCUUGUUCAAGAAAGGGGCAAAUAUCAGUAUUCAGGACGCGGAUAGUUGGACAGCGCGAGAUCACGCAGCGAAUGGGAACCACACGUUUAUGAUUUCAUUUUUAAAUGUUGCCGGAACCUGA